UUCUCCGCGGGACGACGACGAAGAAGAAGAAGCUGAAGCUGAAGAAGAAAAAUCGAAGUCGAUGGCAAGUCUCUUGCAAGCAAACCUUUCAGCAGCGACAGACCUCGUCGCUGCCUUAGGCAUCAAAGAUGACUACAUGAACACAGUUCAUGGCAGCCUCAACUUCCUUGAGACCGCCAUAGCUUCUGUGCUCUUCGUGGCAGUGAACCUGCUCAGCUUCGGUUCGUUGCAGUUUGGCCUGCUGAAUAUGCUGUCUUUCGCAUAUGCGGUGCACGGCCUCCAUCUCCUUUUGUGCGGGGUCCUGUCUAAAAUCUUCCCGUUUAACAUCAUCCACACUAUAUAUUAUACUGUAUUCAAUUACGCAGCUGCUUUUUCGUACCUUGUGGCUGCCCUGCACAGCCUUUCAGUGGGAGGCCUGUUGAAAGCUGUCACUUCCUUGGUGAUUACGGGCCUUGCUGUAGCCUGUGCAUUGGUACAUCUCUGCCACGCCAUCUACAGCAAGAAGCAUCUCACAGGAACGUGAAAAAGACCCGGCGCGGCGCCGACGCCGUCGACGGGCAGUGCUUGCCACCUCCUCCCCCCCACCUCCACCCCCACCCCAAGAAAAAAGGGAGAAAGGAAUAGACUUGGAAGAUUUAGGACUGCUUCAUCGCUACAAACUUUCGGGGAAAUUUUUAAUGGAACUAGAAAAUUUCCUUCAAAAAACGCCCUUGUUACGUACCUUUUGAAAUAUAAUAAUUCUCAAUUACUAAAUAAUUGUAUAAUUAUAUGUAUCUGCAUAACCAAACUCUUUUCUGGGUGCUUGUUGUGAAAAGCUGGUUGCUCUAGGAGUGUCUGAACAUAUUUUCGUUGAAAUAAGUAGUAUUUCAAAUGUAGUUACCAGUCGCUAUCGAGACCGACGAUGUGCGUAAGAUAAUAUAAGGAAUACAACAUAUAAAAUGUUAAUGAGAUAAUUAAAGUAAGAUAAUACGCAGCAUUAUUUUACUAAUGAUUACGAAACAAUGUAUUUGUAUUCCAAUUGUUAUAUUUUUUAUUAGUGGUCUAUUAUUGUGUCAUGACUGACAAUUGUGACUAAAGAUGUUUUUGUUCUCAG